AUGUCCUUGUUCUGCCUGCAGCGAGUGAAGAUAGCGACCAUGUUCUCAAUAAGCGCACAAUGGGUACUUUUUUCGGUCUUUUUAUUUCUGCUGUGGAACUUUUGGGACUACCUUACUCCGCUGCACCUGAUAUCGGUGACAUUAGGCUCGACGUGGGUAGCGUUAAAGUUGUCCUACACCCUGUCUCGAUUCGUCUGGAGGCACACCAGUGUGGCGGAAGUGGAAGGAGAUGGAAAAGCGGUGCUCAUCACUGGUUGCGAUUCGGGCUUCGGCCACCGUCUCGCUAAGCGGCUUGCUUGCAAGCGCUUCCUGGUGUUCGCCGGUUGCCUCAACUCGAAAAGCGACGGGGCCGAGGAGCUGAGCCAGCUGGAGAACAUAGUUGUCUUGCAAAUGGACGUUACGAAGCAAGAGCAAGUAGACGAGGCUUUCCUCGCCGUGAAGGGAAAGUUGGGUACCACAGUACUAUGGGCAGUCGUGGCGAACGCCGGAAUAGGAAGCAGCGGACUACUGGAAUGGACGACCGUGGAAACCAUCGCGAGAAUAUUUGACGUCAACGUCUUCGGUGUCCUUCGCGUCAUCAAGAGGUUCCUGCCCCUCUUGAGGAAAAGUCAAGGCCGAGUCGUCACUGUUGCCAGCCCCUUAGGCCGUCUCGCAUCUCCAAUGGUGGCACCUUACUGCAUGAGUAAGAUCGCUGCUAUCUCCAUGAUGGAUGCCUUUCGACGUGAGUGUCAUGGCCGAGGCGUCGACUUCGUCACAGUGGAGCCCGCAGCAUACAAGACACCCAUCGUCUGGAUGUUCGCCGAUUCCAAGGAACGCGUGAUGGAGGAGUUCCGAAAGCAGAGCCCCGAAGUGAUCGCCGACUACAGCCAAGACGAUGUCGACGAGUGGCUUAGGGUGACCGACAACUUCUCGGGGCCGAUGAUCAGAAAGAACCCCGAAGAGUGCGUCGACGUUCUCGAGAAAGCGGUCAGGGAGACGCGGCCGACAACUCACUACAGCUCGCCGUGGGGAUCUGACCUCCUACUCCUUUCGGUGUUACUGUCCUUGCCCAGCGACGUCGCCGACGCUGCCAUGGAAAUCAUCCGAAAAGUACAGCUCAAGAUUAUGUGACACUGCCAUUGCUCCGAGUGAAAGACGUCCGUUGGACUUCCGCUAGAUCCAACAGACGUCCAACGGACGUCCGUUGGAUCCGGAAAGUACAUCUCAAGGAUAUGAAAUAGCAAUCACUACGAACGAAUGGCAUUGAUUGAGUUUCGUUGAUUGAUUUAGAGAUUAAAGUAAUUGUUAAUAUACUAA